AGUUGAUAGUGUGAACUCCAUUGAGAAAAAGUUGAAGAUGGCAAUAUUAAUAUAUAGAUGCAAUAUAAGUAUGAUUUCAUCUGCUGCGUUCAGUACUCUCUCUUUCUGAUCCAUCUCAGUCUUGGUUUGCUGGUGGAAUUGGGAAACAUUACUAGCUCUGUCCAAACAAAUCUUUAAGCUUGUUAUAGACUUGGUGGAUGAAUUGAGACACCUUACUAGCUCUGUCCAAACAAAUCUUCAAGCUUGUUAGAGAGUUAGGGAGGUGACAGUGUGAAAGCUCCAGUGAGAAAAAGUUGAAGGAGAAAUGGGAAGAGGUGGAGAUGGCAAUAUUAAUAUACUUGGUGGAUGAAUUGAGACACCUUACUAGCUCUGUCCAAACAAAUCUUCAAGCUUGUUAUAGACUUGGUGGAUGAAUUGAGACACCUUACUAGCUCUGUCCAAACAAAUCUUCAAGCUUGUUAGAGUUUGCAGUUGCAGAGAGAGUGAGAGAGGGCAAGUUCAGAGUCGACAACGAGAAUAGAGAUGGAGGCGAUUGACUUGGUGUGUUGGUGGAUGAAUUGAGACAGCAUCCUAGCUCUCUGUCCAAACAAAUCUUCAAGCUUGUUAGAGGUAACAUCCUUUUUAGUUUCUCCAAACAAAUCUUCAACUAUAAAUCUCUUUUAGUUUCUCCAAACAAAUAUUCCCUAGGCAUACACGGAUGUGUAGCUCUGUGUAUAUCAUAUGCUGCCUUGAUAGAGCUUUGUUUUGAAAAUGAGUUUUGAACAUGGUGGAGUGUAAAAUUUGUUUUAUGAUUUUUAUGAAUCUUGGAACGGUGGGUGGAGAAAAUAUGAGGUACAGAGGAGAGAGAACGGAAAGAGAGAGGAGAGGGAUGGUGGUGGUGGCGGCAAGUGACUGGCAACAGUGGUCGGUCCGUCGGAGGGAGGUGGUUAAUUUGGUUGGGGCGGUGACAGCCAAGGGCGGAUCCAGGAUUGUUGAUUGGGGUGGGCUAAUUUAGGAUUGGGCUAAUUUUGGGUGGGCUAAAUUUUUUUUUUUUUUUGGGCUAGGCUGAAAGUAAUGUAGUAAAAAAAAAAAAAAAAAAUUUUAGGGUGGGCUGAAGCCCACCUUCGCCCACCCCUCCCUCCGCCCUUGGUGACAGCGGGUAAGGUUGUGAACAAAAAUCCUGAAGUAUUCAAUAAUUUAGUCUUUUCAUUAUAAGACAUUUUGAUAUUUUUAUUCUGAAAUAUUUGGGCGUAAAAAGGUAAAUUUAGCUUAAAAAUACCCUGAUUUUAUUAGAGGUAGGGUUGGCAAAUGGGCGUUGGGUCAAAUAUUGAUGGGUCAAUAUCAAUCCUGGUCUAAGUGAAUUAGGCCGCCAACAGCCCAUCGCAAACAUUUUAAUUAUUUUAAGUUUUAGGGAUUGUUUAGAUUUAUAAUAAACUAUUACGAAAUAUAUUUGAUAAUGUUUGUCAGUUUCUAACAUCAUCCCAUAAAUAUGAACCCGUCUUACAUGUGGAAAAGGAAUAUAAGACUAAUGUGUUCAAUUUUGCAAACUUGCACAUUAGAAUGAGAGAACAAAUGUGGAUGUGAACACUUUAAAUUCAUGACCACCUAGAGUUAAAUUUGUGAUUUCAUUUAGCUAGAACAUCGAUUUCAUUUUUCAUAUUCUACUUCGUGCACUCGAUAAGGAACAUUUUUUAAAAUCUAUUUAAGAAUUUUAAUAUUCCUAUUUUAUAACAUAGUUCUUCAAAUUCACAUAAUUUGUUUUGCCCAAUAAUUUAUUAUUCAUAUAAUUUUUUUAAUCAAAUUUUAUUUAAAUAUUGGAUCCUCAAGCUCUCGAUCUCAUAACAACUUUAGAGUUUUUGGGGCAACCUCUAAAAUAUUUUCUGUCAAAUAAAAACUUUUCUUUUUAGUGGGGUACAAUCUUAAUUUCUCAAAGUUUUCGGGUUUCGUAAAACUCAUAAUUUUCUUGUGGGGUUGGGGAGAGAAUGGGUGGUUGGUUUGGUUGUGAACUGACUCAACGAUGUUGAAAGACAUAUGGUAACUGUUGUCACCCACUAGGAUUAAACAAUAUUUUGUUUAAUGUUAGGCUAUACAGAUAGUGACAGACUUAGGAAAUUUUGUGAGGGGGGCGGCUUUUUAAUUUGUGAGUACAAAAUUAUAUAAUGGGGCUAUUUUUGCAAUUUUAAUAGAGUUUUUUAAUAAAUUUUAAAAAAUUUAAAGGAAAAAAAAAAAAAAAAAUCAGUGGGACAAAUUAUAAUUCUAGUGGGGGCAUCUUCAUAAAUUAUCAAAAAUUUGAAGUAUAAAAUGCUAAAAAAAAGAAUCUAGUGGAGCGAAUUGUAAUUUUAGUGGGGCAUUUUCAUAAAUUUAAAAAAAAUUAUGGUAUAAAAUGAAAAUAUUAAAAAUCCAGUGGUGGCCCACUAAUCCCAUGCUGGGUCCGUCCCUAUAUAUAGGAUAUAGUAUGAUACAAGUUGCAUUUUUUUUUUUGUUAAUUAUACUUAAUCUAUUUUUCUUAUUAAAGUAAAUUAUGAAAAAAAAUUCAAGGUAAGUAUGGCAACUAGGGGUGGCAAUUCGUUCGUGAGUAUUGUGGGUCAUAAUCGUGUCAUGUCGAUGUAAGGGUAUUAUACUAAACAGGUAAGUUCAAACCUGACUCUUUUAAUACUCGUGUCAAAGAUCCUCAACACUAACCAGAUCUGUUUACUAAACGAGUAAUCGUGUUAACACAUUUAAUAACCUGUUUAUCAAAAACGAGACAUUUAAUAUUUAAUCAAAUAAUAAAAAAAUUGUCACAAUUAACCUAAAUAUUCACAAUAAGAAAAAAAUUCAUAAGGCGUAGACAAGGUUUAUGUUAAAAUGACUUAACUAUCCAUGGUAAUUGGGUUUAAACAUGUACUAACAUAUUACAUAAGUCAUAUUUAUGGUUAUAAUAUGUUGAGUUAAACGAGUCAUAAACAGGUUACACGAGUUGAACCCCUCAACCCUAACCCGACACGGUUAAAUAAACGGGUUAAUCGUGUCAAUCCGUUUAUGACCCAAACCCGUUUAAGGUUAAUUCAAACCCAUAUAUCUCGUAUCGAGUUUGAGUCGUACUGACGGAUCGUAUCAUAAUUUGCCACUAUUAAUGGCAACACUAUAUUGGAGCUUUGAAAUUGGAAUUGAAAGUUCCAAUUCCAAAUCUAUUGUUUGCAUAGUACAAACUAAUUUCGGAUUGGAUUGGAAAUGCAUUGUAAUUCAAUGUCACGGCCCCGAAUUUUCUAAUAAAAUCCUCUAUUUAUUCAAUUCAAAUAUAUCAAAAUACACCCAGGAUUAUAAAAAAAAAAAUGACCUCUUUUAUACAAAGACAAUUUCCUCAAAUAUACAAAAAAUUUCUCCAAAUAAUAAAAAUAAAACUCGCUACGCCAACUCUUCAGCCUAAGCCCAAAUCUAGCGAUCGCCGUCCAUCUUCGGUACCUGAAACUAAAGGGUGGUGAGACAAAAGUCCUAGUAGGAAAAAUCAUAACAAGAGUUUCAUGGAGGUUUAAUAAAACAGCUUCACAAAAUAUACAUACACCAAUGAAUAUAUACAAACAAAAUAUGCAUUUAAUAAAAACUAUUGAAGCAAAACCUCCCCAUGCCAUUCAAGAUAUAGAAAACCCUACAAUGAAAAAGAUUAAUUCCCUCACUGGAUCGUCAAAAGCCUCAAGCUCCGGCCUCGUCUGCAACUUUCGGCCUCUUCUCUGUCCCUCAAAACUCACUCUUUGUUUCUCUCUUUGCUCACUCUAAAUUCUGUUACUUCCUUCCUCUAUCUUUCUUACUUAGCAAUGCACACAACAUACUCAAUAAAUAGGCCACUCCACUGACCCAAUCCCACUUUCAGCUCACCAAGCCCACGUGCAGAAAUCAAGCCCAGUCAAAAAGUGGUAUGCCAAAAUCUCAUCAUUACUUUCCAAUACACAUUCUUCACUCCAUCAGAAUCCCACGUGAAGGAAAUUCAGAAAAGAAGAAAAUUUGGCCUAAACAAAUCUUCAGUGGGCUCGCCACCUAUGCUUUCUUUCCUCAUACUUCUCAUUUCUUAUCUUCUUUAUCUCCAGAUACUCACAAACCAUACCAUCUCUCUCUCUAGCUAAAUAUCCCACGUGCACCAAUUUAAGGCUACACCACAAGACACCAAGUGGGUCCCGCUUACACAUCACAAUCACCUUUCUCUCUUUCCUUCAUCAUUUCGCUGCCUUCUUUUAUUUUCUUUAUUAUCAUCUCAUCACCAACCUGCUCCUUUCCUUCACCGUGAUGCAUUAUAUAUAUAUAUAUAUAUAUAUAUAUAUAUAUAAAAUAAUAUAUAAACAUGAGACAAAACUCAAUUCGGUCACUUCGAUCUGACCACACACACACAUAUAUAUAUCUAUAAAAUAUGUAAACAAAAAACCAAAUUCCAUUCUCUGUAAAUAACUUGCAUGUGGGCCCAAAAAAAUUCAUCAUUUGAAUUCCCAUUUCACUGCUCCCUUCAAUCUCCAACUGAUGCCAUGUAUAUUAUAUAUAUAAAAUAUAUAUAAUGCAUCAAAAACCAAAAACAACCCAUCAGAUUACACACACACAACUAUUAAAAAACUAAAAUAAUAUUAGUAAUUAUAAUAAAAUAAAAUUGUAAAUUUAAAUCUAAAAAAAAUUCGAGUUAUCGCAUUCAAAACAUGAAUUGGAAUUGCAUUGUAAUUCUAAACAUCCCAAAUCAACGAUUUGAAUCCCAUAAUUCAACAAAAGAUUUCGAAUACCAAAACAAACCAAACAUACCACCCUUCUCUCUCCCAUGCUCACUCUACCCCCAACACUCAUGCAAUAUCAAAUAAAAAUUCAAUAUUUCUAUAUAUAUAUAUAUAUAUAUAUAGGAUUAUUUGAUAUUUAAAAAUGAUAAGAAACGAGAUAAAGAAGAGUAAAUGCAUAAAGAAUGGUAAUUCAAUUAUUCAACUAAGGCAUUUAAUUUGUUAAAAAAAAAAAAAAAAAAAAAAAAACCUGAAGCAUUAAAUAUGUUGCCAAAAAAAAAAAAAAAAACUGUAAUAGAUGUGGCUGUGGCCAGCCGCCUAUUACCCAAUAUAAUUAAAUUUACAUUUAUAUAAUAUAUCGUGUCACUGUGGGUCACAUAUAUAUCUUGUGCCCCUCUAUAAUAAAUAAAUAAUAGAAAAAGAAAAAAGAAAAAAAAAGAAAAAGAAAAAAGCUCCAAUCAUCCAUACACCAAUUAAGUUACUUGAUUAAUUAAUUUCUACAAGAAAGAGAAAAAGUUAUUUAAAAUUUGGGAGCCAAUAUACAAAUAAUAAUAAUAAUAAUAAUAAUCAUAGCGACAUGAGGUGAUGAUAAUUCCAAAUGAUAUUUUGUGAAAUAAAACUUGUCUUAUGAUUGAAAUUUAUAUUAUAUGGCCAAUAGAAUUGGAAAAAUCUAAUCAUCAAAAUUUAAUUUUAAUUAUUUAGUCAAACAAAGAAAAUAAUAUUUUUGAAAAGACGUCAACUAGAAAGACAAAAAGUGACUGAUUAUUAAAAAUAUGAGUGUCUUAAAUAGUUUUGGCUAUUUAUUUAUUUGAUUUUAUUUCAUUGAUAAAUAUAUUAAAAAAAUUCCAUGCAGUUUCCUUUUGGCUAGAGAUAUCAUACAAAAUAUAAAAAAUAUCAAAAAAUAAUAUUUGAGAUAAAGGCUAUGGGUGCUACAUAGUGGAAUUACAUAUUUAAAAAAUAAAAUUCAUAUUAGACUGCAUAUUAAGUUACCUCCUCAAAGUAUUAUUGAUACAUUAAUAUUUACUAAUUCAAUCUUGAUUCAAAUUUGUCAAAUAUAUUGUAUAUGUGUUCAUAUAAUUACUUAUACAUCAUAUAUCUGUCUAUAUAAAUAUCUAUUCCAAAUCAAUGUUGUUAUUCAAACAAUAAAAUUUUAAUUGUAAUUAAAUUACAUUUGAAUUCUAAAGUUUAUCCAACCAGUGAAUUUGGAAUAAGAUUGGUGGGCAAUCUAAGUUGAUGACGUAUUUCUCAUUAAAUUUGCAUAAAUUUAUUUUUAACUUUUGAAAUUAAUUAUUUAAAUAAAAAUCUUAGGUAAAAAAUUUUAAAAUAAUUUAAUCAAUACUGAGAAGGUAUUUUUUAUUGAAUUAAUUUAUUAAUUUUUUAUCACUCUAUUACAUGAAAAAGAAUGUAUUUUUCUACCGUCAAAAAAUUUAAACCAUGGGUCGAUCUGGAGGUCCAUCAAUAAUUCUUGGAAACUUGAAGAAGCUCAAAACAAUGGCCAUCACUCACUCCAAUCUCACAGGUACCUUCCCAAAAACUAGCAUUUGAAUAUUAAUUGCAAACCAAAGAUAUCCCGUUCCUUCUCUUAGCUCCAAGUCCAUUUCUUCCAUUAAUCUCGAUCUCCACAUUUCGAAUUCUUGUAGAGUUCUUAUCAAAUUUUAUUUGCACAUACAAUAAAUAUAUAUAGAUAUAUAUAUAUAUGUAUAUGUAUAGAGCAGCUAUACAAUUCAUGAAGUAAAUUUCAAGACGUGCAUAAUGAACAGUACCGCCGUUACUUUCAAUGUUCAUUCUAACCCAAUAUUGCAUUUACCCUUUUUUUUAAAUAUAUUUUUUUUGGUGGGGCCAAGCAAGCAAGAAAAGUCUUUAGCUUUGUUUUAGAGAGAGUGUAAGAAAUGAGAGAGAGAGAGACACACACACACACUAUACUGUAUUGAUGUGUGAGACUCUGUAUAUAUAAGAGAAAUUUAUAUAAAUGGAGUUUUGUGUGAUGAACAAGUAAUUUUAUAUGUAUAAGGUAAUUGUAACUUUAUAUGCAUAAGGUAAUUAUAUAUAUUGUAUUCUUAGAUGCAAAAUUUUAAAUGAUGAUGUAAAUUUUUUUAAAAAAAAUUUAACAGAUUAGCACAAUAUUGUCUUUCAUUCCCAGUAUUUCAUUUUUCAAAAAAUUUGAGUUAGGAUUGAGAAAAAUUUACUUUGUUUUUUUGGUGCAAAGAUACUAUUAGGAUUGAAAAUUAUAAAGAAAAAUAAUGAUCUCAAAGUUUCACUUUAAAUUAAUAAUAAAAAAUAAGUCACUCGUUUUUAUUUAUGUUAUUACAUAUGUAUUGCGUGUACUAAUUUAUACUACGGUAUUUUAUGAACAUAAAAAGUAACUCGGGGAUGAAAUUCAAUGUUCAGUUUAUAAGGGAUAUGAUUUUUCAAAACGACCUUUAAUAUUUUUUAUUAGAUUUAUGAAACAUAAAUAAUGAUGUAAAAUUGAAAUAAAUAAUCAAAAUUUUAUUAAUUGAAUCCAUUACUUCAUUCAUUAGCAGUAUAUUAUCUUAUCGUCAUCCCCAUUAUUUAAUUCUUUUUAGAAUUUUUUUGUAAGGAUUUAUAAUUUCUUUUAAUUUAGAAAAAUUUACUAACUGAAAAAAUUAAUAAUAAUUUUCUUUUAUGAUUUCAAAGUUUACUUUCAAUUAAUAAUAAUAACAAAUCAUUUUUAUUUAGGUUAUUAUACAUUCGUUGAGUAUAGUAAUAUGUAGUAUAGUAUCAUGAAGUAAAAUUGAAAAAAUAAUCAAAAUUUUAUUAAUUGGACUGAUCAAAAACAUUGCUUCAUUAAUAUUGUUAUACAAAUAUUUCAUUUUUUAGGAAAUUUGGGUAAGGAUCUAUAAUGUCUUUUAAUUUGGAAAAAUUUACUAAUUGUCUAUUUUGUUUUUGUAGAAGCAUACGAUUAGGAUUGAAAAUUUUUAAGAGAAAUAUUGAUUUCAAAAUUUAUUUUUAAUUAAUAUAAAAAUUAUUUUUAUUUAUAUUAUUGGUUAGGCAUUGAAUGUAGUAAUUUAUACUAUGGUGUUUUAUGAACAUUUGUUAACUUACAGAUUAAAUUCAAAUGUUGGCUUUAUAAGCAUAUGAUUUUUAAAAACCACCUUUACUAUUUUUUUUAGAUUUAUGAAACAUAAAUGAUAACAAAAAAUUGAAGAAAAUAAUUGAAAUUUUAUCAACACCGUUACUUCGUUGGUUAGCACAAUAUUUGAAAAGGGAUUUAUAAUGUAUUUUAAUAUUUAAAAGAGUUAUAAUAUUAUUAUUUUAUCUUUUUUUUUUUUUUUUUAGUGUUGGACAAAGUUGUAUCAUUAUUAUAUUACCUUUUUUACUUGACUUUUCAACAUUUGCACUACAAUCUUAAAUGAAAUAGUAAUUCUAACCCUAACUUUAUAACUUUACAAAUAAAUAAUUAUUACUUUUUAAAUGACAAACUUGUCAUUUUAGAUUUCUUCUCUUCUAUCCCUAAUCUUUAUUAUUUUAGGUUUCUUUUGACAAGACAAAAAAUAAAUUUAAUAUGUAUAUUUUUUUUACAGGAUCAAGAAAAAAAAAUUUAUGUUCAAUAAAUUGACUCUUUGACUGGACAAAAAAAAUAAAAAGUAACCAUUAAAAAUUUAUCUCUUUUGAUAUGAAAAAAAAAAAAAAAAAAAAAAAACCGGAAAUUUUUUUUUUUUUAAGAAAUUAUAUUUUUUGUCAACAUCCCCAAAAGAAAAGAAAAAAAUGUAUGAAAAGAAAAGGAUUAUAUAUAUAUAUAUAUAUAUAUAUAUAUAUAUAUAAAUUUAAUAAAUUCUCUCUUUUGAUAAGACCCAAAAAAAAAAAAAAAAAAAAAUUUUUUUUUACUUCUUUUGACUGAAAAAAUAGUUAACUUUGUUGAAUAAUAUGGCUUUCAAUUGUACCAAUAAAAAAAAAAAAAAACAAAAACAAAAACAAAAAGGUCAUUAUGAAAUAAAUUAUUUCUUUUGACAGUAAAAAAUUAAAUUAUUAGUAUGAAAUAUAUUAUUUUCUUUGAGAAGACCUCUAGAAAAAAUAAAUAAAAUGAAAAAAAAAAUAGUAAAGAAGGUUAAAAAAUGUUAAAGUUGUAUAAAGGGUAAUUAUAAGAUUAUCAAUUAAGGGAUAAUCCAUUAAUGAAUUCAAGGAUCUCCUUCUCAUUUUCUUUAAAAGAAAAAGUAAAUGUAGUGUAAUUGGAGAAAAGUAGAGUUCGAAUAUUGUCUACCUUAUAAUAUUAUUAUAUUACAUUUGUUUUGUGAUUAGAAGAUAUAUAAUAUUAUCUAUAUCUAUAUUAUUAUUAAAAAUACAAAAAUUUGUAUCCAAUUUUGAAUUUUUAACCAAUUUUGAGUUUUAUGCUAUAUUUAUUUAUUUUGUAAGAAUUUUUUUAUUUAUUAUUUGUUUCUAUAAAGAGUUUUUAUUAUUUUUUAUAAAAGAGUUGCCUAAUGUAAUUUGGAGUUAGUGUUGUUAUUAUUAAAAAAUAAAAGUUUUUAGUUAUAUAUUUAUAUAUUACAAAAUAGUUUUAAUUAUAUUUUUAAAAUAGUUGCCUUAUGUAAUUUGGAGUUUUAUUAUUAUUAUUAUUAUUAUUAUUAUUAUUAUUAUAGAGAGUUUUAUUAUUUUUUUAAAAGAGUCGCAUUAUAUAAUUUGGAGUUAUUAUUAUUAUUUUUUUAAAAAAAAAACAGGAUAAAAAGAGUAAAUUUUUAUUAUUCUUUCUAACUGGAUUCUAAAUACUCGUGUAAAAGGAUAAUACAAUUGACUUCUAUAAAUAUUUAAAAUUUUAAUUGCUCAAAACAAAUUAGUAAUUAAUUAUUUAUAAUAAAAAAAGUUAUUUUAUUUCCUGUAAAAUUUUUAAUUUACCACGUCUUUUAUUUUGGUGUUUUACUAAGAGAGUUAAAGCCAUUGGGUAACUUUAUUAUAACCUAUUAUUUUAUUAGAUUUAUAUAAUUUUUGGAUGCAACUUGGGCGGGCCAACUGGGCCCAACCCGAACCCAGCCCAAAACUUUUGGGGCUUAGAUUUUAGAUUCACAAAUUGGGCCCAAUUUGAGUUGGGUUUUCUCAAAACCCAACAGAGUUUGGGUUGGGUUCGGGUUCAACCCUAACCCAACCCUAUAUAUAUAUAUUUUUAACUUCUUCUUCUUCUUCUGUUUUUUUUUUUUUUUUUUUUUUUUUUUGGCACCUUCCAAAUCUUAACCGUUAAAUGAUCUUAUCAAACGGUUGAUAGCAUGUAUCGUUUUCUGAAAACCCUAAGCUCCAUGGUUAUGGUUGUUAUUAUUAUAAAAUUAUAAGUACAUGAUUGAUUGCAAUCCUAAAUAAACAGAUUUGUUUAUAUAUAUAUAUAUAUAUGUCUCCAUGUUUCCUAUAUAUACAUGAUUGAUUACAAUCCUAAAUCAUGUAUGUCUAUAAAUACAUGAUUGAUUGCAUCCUAAAUAAUUUCUGUUUCAUGUUCCAAGAAAGAAGACUUUUGAUUCCAACGUUAUAGGGCUUUUCUCUCUCUUACCUUUUGUUCAAAAUCUUUUAGUUUGAUCUUAGGCUACUUGUAUAUAUGUAUAAGUUUGUUUUAUGAUUUUUUUUGGGAAAAUUUUAAAAUUAAAGUUUAUUUAAAUCAAAUAAAAAGAAAAUUUUUUUUUAUUUUUAUUUUUAUACCUAAAACAAAAUAAGAUACGUUUUAUUUUGGUUGCAUUAAAAAAAUAAAAUUAGAGUUGGAGGCAUAAAAAAAUUAAUGUCUUCAAAAAAAAAAAAAAAAAAAAUCAUUAAUCUUGUUAGAGCUGCGUCCCCAACUAUAUAUAUGUUUUAGUUUUUCUUCAAUAUUAACACUUGUUGAUCUCUGUAAGUAUUUAAUUUUCUGUCAUUUGCUUUAUAUUUAGGGAAAAAAAAAGUUGAAAAUGGAAGUCAUUAAUACUGUGGUGGGAAAGAUGGUAGAGGUACUUACAGAGCGCUUUUUGGCAUCCAUGUGCCGCCGAAUUGGUUAUGUGGUUCACUACAAGAAAAAUAUCGAGGAUCUCCAUGCUCAAGUCCAGAAUCUUGGAGGUGUGAAGGAGAGGAUUGAAGGAAAAGUUGAAACAGCCAAGAAGAAUGGAGAAGUCAUUGAGAAAGAUGUUUUGAAUUGGCUUUCGGAGGUAAAUAAAAAGGAGGAAGAUCUGAACAGAUUAUUGGCAAACAAUGAAAAUAUCAAGUCAUGUUUUGAUGUUGGUUCAAGGUAUCGGCUUGGUAAGGAAGGUAAAAAGUUGUUGUCUGAUGUUUUGGGGCUAAUAGAGCAAGCCAGCAAGUUUGAUACUGUUGGACGCCCUGCUCCUUUGGGUGAUAUUUGGUACACAGGUGGUACCACAAAAUUUGAGCAGUUUGAAUCCAGAGAAUCCGUUCGUAAACAGAUCAUGCAGGCGUUGAAAAAUGAUAUGAUUUACAAAAUAGGAAUACAUGGCAUGGGAGGUAGUGGGAAGACGAGAAUGGCAGAAGAAAUUGCCAAACAUGCUAAAACAGAGAAGCUUUUUGAUGAGGUCGCCAAGGCAGUCUUCUCCCAAAAUCCAGAUUUGAAAAGAAUUCAAGAGGAGCUUGCAGAGUGUUUAGAACUUUCAUUCAAAAAAAAUACUGAAGUUGGGAGAAAGGGGGAGCUGUGCAACAGACUGAAAAAUGGGAAAAAAAUUCUUGUAAUUAUUGAUGACAUUUGGAAUGACAAAAUUAACCUGGAGGAAAUAGGAAUCCCAUCUAGCGAUAAUCAUAUCAAAGUUUUGCUAACCUCUAGGGAAGAAGAUGUGUUCAGUCGGAUGGGGGUUCAAGAAAACAUCCCAAUUGGGCUUCUACAGGAACGUGAAGCAUGGUACCUGUUUAGGAAAACAGUUGGAGAUUUUAUUGAACCUUCUCAUGAAGUUUAUUCUGUUGCGGAAGAAGUGUGUAGAGAAUGUGGUUGUUUACCAUUGGCAAUACUUGUAGUUGGAGCAGCACUAAGGGAACAGAAACAAAAGCAUACAUGGAAUGAUGCACGUGUACAAUUGAGAAAUUGCAGGGGAGAAAACAUCAAGGGAGUGACCAAGGAGUUGUAUUCACGCAUAAAGUGGAGCUACGAGUUUCUAGAGCACACAGAUGCUAGGUCAUGCUUUCUGCACUGUUCUUUGUUUCCAGAGGAUGCUGAGAUUCCAAUUGAUGACUUGGUGAUAUAUGGAGUGGGAACGAGGUUUCUUAUGGACAGCUCACAUCCAAUGAAAACAGCAAGAGAUAGAACAAGUGUGUUGGUUGAUAACCUGAAGAAAUCUCAUUUGCUAUUAGAAGGUAAAAGCAACGACUUUGUUAAAAUGCACGACAUCAUUCGAGAUGUUGCCAUCUCAAUUGCAUUAAAAGAAAAAGGAUUUCUGGCAAAAACAGAUGUCCGAGAGUGGCCAGAGAAAAAUGAAUAUGAAUCCUGCAGGGUAAUUUCAUUGAGGUCCAAACAAAUUUGUGAGCUUCACUGUGAAUUACAAUGUGCAGAAUUACGCACCUUGGUAUUGGAAUGCAACACCUAUGGUAAACCUCAAGUUCCAGAUAAUUUUUUUAAAGGGAUGAAAAAGUUAGAAGUUUUAGAUUUGUGUUCCGUGCGGCUGUCAUCAUCACCUUUAAAUCUGAUCAGCCUUCGGAUGUUGCGACUCCAUAACUGUGAACUGCAGAACCUAGCUUUUCUCAAGGAACUAAGAAAUCUUUUGAUACUAAGCAUUGUUGAUUAUGAUCUGGAAGAGGUGGCUGUGGAAGUAAGACAGUUGACUAACUUGCGGUGGUUAGAUUUGAGCUGUUGUAGAGAGCUUAAGAUAAUUCCAUCAAGUGUCAUAGAAAGUCUAUCCAAAAUUGAGGAACUGUACAUUCCACAUGAUUUUGAGGAAUGGGGGGUUGAAGGGAAUGCAAGGCUUGAUGAACUUAAUUCAUUGACAGGCUUAACCACUUUACAAAUUCACAUAGGAGAUGGCAUGCUACUGCCCAAUGAGCUCUGCUUUAAGUCCUUGAACAGAUUCAAAAUAUCAGUUGGGAGGACUAAGGGUUUUGGGUAUGAUGAAGAAGACUUAGGAGCACGGAUGUUGAAACUUGAUGAUAUUAGUAUGAGGAAGGAGUUCAAUAUUUUGAUUGAGAAUGCGGAAGCACUUAUUUUACAUAAUGUGGAAGGUUUAAAGAAUGUGCUUCAAUGUGGAGAUGGAAAAGGGUUUCUGGAUUUGAAAUAUCUUAGAAUCGAGGACUCUAGUGACAUGGAACAUCUACUUGGCAGUCCAAAAUGGAAUUUUCAAAGUCACGGUGCUUUCAACAGAUUAAGUGUGUUAGAUAUUAGACGUUGUAAAAUGAAAUUUCUCUUCCACGUAUCCACGGCAAGAGCUCUUCUACAACUCCAAGAAUUACAAAUACGGGAAUGCGAAAUCAUGGAAGAAAUAAUUCUAGAUGAUGAUGAGGAAGUAAUGAAUAAAGUUACUUUUCGUCAAUUAAAGAAAAUGGAGUUGCACGAACUACCAAACCUCAUAAGCAUAUGCUGCACCAAUAGGAAGAAAACGUCAAGCACGGAUUGCAAUACUUCCGACCUUGCACAAGCUUUCUUUAAUGAAAAGGUUUCAUUCCCUGCUUUGGAGGCACUGGAGGUAGGAGGAUUGAAAAACAUUACAGCAAUAUGGAACAACCAAUUAUUCCUAGGUUCGGAAGCAGCAGAAGAAUCAUCCUUUCACCAGCUAAGGAACAUAAAGAUACUUAAAUGUGAGCAACUGGUAAAUGUGAUAAUUGCAUGUCAAACAAGAGAAGGAGAAGAAGAGAUAACAAGUGAUGAAAUUAUUGUGUUCCCUCAUUUAAAGAAUAUGGAACUUGAAUGGUUGUCAAAACUCAAAAGUUUCUAUGGGUCCAAAAAGACAGCAGUCGAGAAUGACAAUAUUUCCGAAGCACUCUUCAAUUACACGGUUUCAUUCCCUGCUUUGGAAGUACUAGAGGUAAGAGGAUUGGAAAACAUUACAGCAAUAAUUGCAGGUCAAAAAGGAGGAGGAGGAGGAGAGAUAACAAGUGAUGAGAUUAUUGUGUUCCCUCACUUAAAGAUUAUGCAACUUGGAGGGUUGUCAAAACUCAAAAGUUUCUAUGAGUCUAAAAAAGCAACAGCCGAUAAUGACAUUAUUCCCCAAGCACUCUUCAAUUACACGGUCAAGUUCCCUUGUUUGGAGAGCUUCGAGUAUGAAGGACGUGAAAACAAUGUGAAGGAGAUAUGGGACGACACGGUUCCAACAGAUGCUGUUUGUAAACUAAGGGUGUUGAAAGUGUCUUAUUGUGUUGAACUGUUAAGUGUUGCUCCAUCAAAAUUGCUUGGAAGUUUCCACAACAUAGAAGAACUUAGCAUAUUAAGUUGUGACUCCUUGGAGGAGGUAUUUAAGGUUGAAGAAGGGUCAAAUGCCGAGGAAGGAAUGGUUGCAAUAGAUACAGAUAUAGAAAAAGACUUGGAGGACAAUCUUGUGUUCUCUCAAUUGAAAUCUAUAACCUUCAAGUUUUUGCCACAGCUGAGGAUUUUAUCCCGGAGGAGUCGCAUUUAUGAAUUGCCAUCCUUAAAACAUAUGGCAAUAGGUUGUUGUCCCAAAUUGGAAAUGUUUCCUUGCCGUGCCCCCUUACAAUCAUUGGAAAAGGUUGCUUUUCCUGUCUUGGAGCAUUUGGAGCUCUCGGAUGGAAACAUCAUCUUUGAAGAUAUUUUGCAUGGCCGUGUCCCAGCAGCCUCAUUUAGCAAAGUAAGAAGGCUGAGUCUGAUUGACUUCCGCGUGCUAGUGAACAUUCCUACCCUGCUGCUACAGAGGUUUGAAGUUGUUGAAAAACUCACUGUGAGAGAUUGUGAUUCAUUACAAGUUGUCUUCAACCUUGAAGGACUUGAAGACAUCAAAAGAGGAGCCCCUCAAAUAACAAAGUUGGACCCCUACCACAACCUAACAUUUUUAACAGUUGCAUCUUGCAACAGCCUGAAAUAUUUAUUCUCACUCUCAAUCGCAAGAAAUCUCACAAAUAUUGAACAACUGAGUGUUCGUAGCUGUAAUGCGAUUGAAGAAAUAAUUAAAAAUGAAGAUCAAGGUGAAGAGGAUGGUGGCAUGGAUGAAAUUGUGUUUCCCAAGUUACAGUUUAUGAACCUUGACCAUCUACCAAACCUCACAAGUUUUUGUUGGGCAAAUAAUGCUUUUAAAUUGCCAUCCCUACUGUAUGUUUGGGUGAACGAAUGUGACAAAAUGCAGACAUUCACAUCUGGACAGAUAAGCACACCGGUGAUAAUAUUACAAGAUCGUGACCUUAACAAUUAUGUGCAGCAGCGUGCUCAAGAAAGGGAUUGCGAUGUACAAGGAUGAUGAAGAAACAAGUAUUGGCAAAGAAAAAGAGUCUGGAAACCAUGAUGAAGAAGAUAUUUUGGCAAAUGAGUAAAUUAUGUGAUCAUUUUUGGACAGGCUAGUAUUUGGAAGUGGAAGUAAUUUUACUACAGUUACCAUCCAAGUGACUGAAGUAAAAAGGUGGCGGAUCCAAUCCUUUGGGUUCUCUCUUGCUACUGCCAAGAAAACAUAAUGGCCUUCAAUUCAAGGGGCACCAAAUGCUGACAUGCAAUUUAUUUGGGGACACCAAAAUUGGAAGUUUCAUAUAUGAUUUAUUGUUUGUUUUCUCCCAUAUUCUUUUUCUGCUCGAGUGUGAAUACCGUUGGUGUGUUUUGCUGAAGAUUGUUUAGCUAUGGUUGAAGUGUAUUUUAUUUAUUUAUUUUGGUAUGGAGUUAUGGUUGAAAUAUGUUUGUGUUACAUGAUCA